AUGUGGGGACCUCCUAAUGCUUUGGCUGUUGAAAACUCAACCAUUGAUCAACAAGGAGGUCUCGCCCCGCGCGUAUUUGAGAGACUCUUCACCCGUUUAAAUGAAGAGCAAACUGAGCAUUCUGACAACCAACUCAUGUACCAAUGCCACUGUUCUUUUCUUGAGAUAUACAAUGAGCAUAUAACCGAUCUGUUAGAUCCAAAUAAAAGAAACCUACAUAUUAGAGAAGAUGUCAAAUCUGGUAUUAUGUUGAAAAUCUUACAGAGGAGCAAAACAGUAGGUGCGGCCAGUGUAAACUCUGAAAGCUCCCGUUCACAUACAGUGUUUACUUGUGUUGUCGAGUCUCGAUGCAAGAGUAUUGCGGAUCGUUUAAGCAGAUUUAAAACAAGUAAAAUCAAUCUUGUUGAUUUAGCUGGGUCAGAACGACAGAAGUUAACAGGCGCAGCAGGAUACCGUCUGAAGGAAGCUGGCAACAUUAAUAGAUCACUUUCACAGCUAGGGAGUCUGAUUAACAUUCUUGCUGAAGCUUCUCAGACAGGAAAGCAGCGGCAUAUACCAUAUAGAGACUCCAAGUUGACUUUUUUGUUGCAGGAGUCUCUUGGUGGAAAUGCAAAAUUAACAUUGCUUUGCGCUAUUCCCCCUGCACAAAGUUGUAGAAGUGAGACUUUUAUACCUCUAAUUAUCAUUCGGCAUACUGACUGCAAGAAAUUUUUCAAGCCCAAUUUGGAACCAGAUCACCUUGCAGCUUGGUUGAAGGCAUACAAGGAUGGAGAUGUUGCUCCAUUUGUCAAGUCUGAACCUAUUCCUGCGACUAACAACGAACCUCUUAAAGUGGUGGUUGGGGAAACUCUUCAAGAAAUAGUUUUCAACUCUGGGAAGAAUGUUUUGCUCGAGUUUUAUAACCCUUGGUGUGGUCACUGCAAGUCAUUGGCUCCAAUCUUGGACGAAGUUGCUUUCUCAUUUCAAAGUGAUCCUGAUGUCGUUAUUGCAAAACUGGAUGCAACUGCCAACGAUAUCCCAAGCGAUACCUUUGAGGUUCAAGGUUAUCCUACUUUGUACUUCAGGUCAGCAAGUGGAAAGAUAUCACAAUACGACGGUGGUAGGACAAAGGAAGACAUCAUCGAAUUCAUUCAAAAGAACAAGGACACAACUGGUGCUGCUCAGCAAGAAGUUGAACAACCAAAAGCUCCUGCUCAGCAAGAAGUUGAACAACCAAAAGCUCCUGCUCAGCAAGAAGACCAACCAACACUUUGUCUGCAAAAGAACCAACCUUCAUUAGGCCAAAAUCUAGUUAAUCCAACAGGGUUUAAGACCAAGAUAAAGUGA